UAUUACUUUUGUAAUCAAAAUGAUGGAACAUUAAUCUAUUUCAUCACUUCUCAUUUCAUUCCAUCAAUCUAAACAUAACCUUAAAAUUCUUUGAAAAGAAAGAAAAAAACUUAUUCCCCACAAAAACAUUUUUGAAACAUGCGCCUUUAGUUCCAUCGUUCCUGUGACUAAAACAGUAAAACCUCUAAAUUCCCACAAAACACUAACCAUAACAUAACCUCAAAUGCUUUCUUAUACGGUUUCUCGUUUCCCUUCAACACAAUCAUUACUAACAAACGCAACUUUUCCCAUUAACCCCAACAAGCCUCACAAGUUCAAUUUCCAACAAACCGCUUCUUCUUCUAGCGACAACAACAAAGCUGAAGACUUUCUCAGAGAAAACGCUAGUAAUAGAGUGAACCCAGUUGACGCUGUUAAUGAUGGGGUUCUAUUUGGAAGAAAGAAGAAAAUGGGUAAGGAAAAAGUUUCCUGGGUUUGUAGCAAUUGUGGGUAUACUGCUGGACAAUGGUGGGGUGUGUGUAGAUCAUGUAAUGUUUCUGGUACUAUGAAAGAGUUUCAUGAAGUCAAAGGUAGUGAGAGUUUUGGUAAAGUUAGUGGCUUUUCUGUUAUGGAGGAUGGUUUGAGGUCUUGGCUUCCUGAGAAGAGUGGUGAGUUGCAUCCUAUUAGAUUGUCUGAGGUUAAUAGGGGUGUUGAUCAUCUGCAUUGGAGAAUUCCUUUGUCCGGUCCUUUUGGAAAUGAAGUUUCCAGAGUGCUUGGUGGUGGUCUUGUACCAGGCUCGUUGACUUUAGUUGGCGGGGAUCCUGGUGUUGGGAAGAGUACUCUUUUGUUGCAGAUGGCUGCACUAAUUGCCGAAGGGGACAAAGAUGGUGAAGCAUCUCCAGUUGUGUAUGUCUCUGGUGAAGAGAGUGUGGAGCAAAUUGGUAACAGAGCAGACCGGCUAACAAUUGGAUCGGAUAUUUAUUUAUAUUCAAGUACUGAUAUUGAGGACAUAUUGAGGAAAGUUCAGCAUCUCUCCCCUCGGGCUCUAGUUGUUGAUUCUGUACAAACGGUUUAUUUGAAAGGAAUAACGGGGAGUCCUGGAGGGAUUAUACAGGUGAAGGAAUGUACUUCAGCUUUACUGCGAUUUGCAAAGACAACAAACAUCCCGGUUUUAUUGAUUGGACAUGUGACAAAAUCUGGAGACAUAGCAGGACCUCGUGUCUUGGAGCAUAUCGUUGAUGUUGUGUUGUAUAUGGAAGGUGAGAAGUACACUUCCUAUCGUAUGCUUCGAGCUGUGAAAAACCGAUUUGGAUCCACUGAUGAGCUUGGAGUUUUUGAGAUGUUGCAUUCAGGACUUGAGGCUGUUUCAAAUGCCAGUGAAAUGUUUCUUAGCGAGCAAGAUGUAGAUUCAGAUAUUUUAGCUGGACUAGCUGUAGCUGUAAUAAUGGACGGGUCUCGAACAUUUCUUAUUGAAAUUCAGGCACUUUGUCUUUCUAGUUCGACAGGAUCAAGGCAGUUUAACGGUAUCCAUGCAAAUAGAGCUGAUAUGAUCAUAUCUGUUCUUAUCAAGCAAGCAGGACUUCGUCUCCAAGAACAUGCGGUGUUUUUAAAUGUUGUUAGUGGAUUGACACUGACUGAGACUGCUGGAGAUCUUGCAAUAGCAGCUGCAAUUUGCAGCAGUUGCUUGGAGCUUCCUAUUCCAAAUGACAUUGCAUUCAUUGGUGAAAUUGGUCUCGGUGGCGAGCUUCGCAUGGUUACUAGAAUGGAAAAAAGGGUAAACACGGUGGCGAAAUUGGGUUACAGAAUGUGUGUAGUACCAAAGGCAGCUGAAAAAGUUUUGGGAACUGAAGGCUUAGAAAAUAUCAAAGUUGUUGGUUGCAGGAAUCUGAAAGAUGUUAUCAACACUAUAUUUCCCGAUGUCAUGAAAAGAAGCAAGUCAGAAUUGUAACAUUGUGUUUCUGCUGUGCAGAUCCCUGUAUAAAAUUUUGAAUGUGAUGUAAAAUGUGAUUCACUUUGAUUAGUAUAAGAUGCAUACUAGUAAGGUUUUCUUAUGUGGCUAUGUUGUAAAAAAAAAUUAUGUAACUAUUUUUUCACCCCCUUUGAACCAUUAAAAUUGAUGUAUUAUCCAA